UAAUCAAGACGUAUUAAAAAUGCUUGCCCGUGCCGCUGCCCGUUUCGCUGUCAGACCCGCUACUGCCUCUUUGAAGACUCGUACUUUUGCCACUGCUAGCCGUGCCACUGCUGCUGCUGGUUCUCAACGCCUUGCUCUUGCUACUGCUGGUGUUGUCACUGCUAGUGCUCUCUCUUACGCUUAUCUUCAAAAGCCCGUUUCUGCUGACUCCAAGCCUGUUGCUGGUAUCAAGGGUACUGCCAGUGAACGUACUUUUAUUGCUAUUAAGCCUGAUGGUGUUCAACGUGGUUUGAUCGGUAAGAUCAUCACUCGUUUCGAAGACAAGGGUUACAAGCUUGUUGGUAUGAAGGCCAUUGCUCCUUCCAAGGAAUUGGCUGAAAGACACUACGAAGACCUCAAGUCUCGUCCUUUCUUUUCUGGUCUUGUUAACUACAUCACCAGUGGUACUCCCGUCAUUGCUAUGGUUUGGGAAGGUCCCGAUGUUAUCCGUACCGGCCGUGUUAUUCUCGGUGCCACUGACCCAUUGAAGGCCGAUCCUUCCACUAUCAGAGGCCAAUACUGUGUCUCUGUCGGUCGUAACAUUAUCCACGGUAGUGACAGCUUCGAAAGUGCUGAAAAGGAAAUUGGCAUGUGGUUCUCUCAAGCCAACGAAUUGAUUGAUUGGAAGCCUGCUAACGUUGAAUGGGUUCAAUCUGAAAACUAAGCUAAUAAAUCAAAAGUCAAAAGGGGGAA